AUGCUCUCAACGGAUUUCUCGUCCGAGCUGGACUGCCAGUUGCGACCUCGGCUGGUUCUCUUCAACAUCCUUAAUGGAGUUCGGGCCGUGCAACGGUAUCAUUCACGAUUGUCUGAAAGUACACUAGCAACAAGUCCGCGUUGUUGGACAAGCAGCAACAAGCCCACGUGCUGGAUUCGAGUCCCGCUGGGUUUGCAUCAAAUGUCCUCCGGCCUUCAUUCUUGUCUGUUUUAUUUGGCCCACUUUUGUGCACAGGAGAACACACCGCCCGAAGAAGAGACGGCGCAUUCAUUGCGCUCCUUGCAGUUUUGGCAUCGGCUGAUAGCGCUCUUGGUUUCUGUCAUCGAGGAGGACAAGGGGACGUAUGCCGCGGUACUGAACCAGUUUCCGCAGGAGUUAAACAUGGGCCACGUCAGUGCUUCUUGCAUGUGGGCCAGGCUGUCAGAAGACUUACGAGUGGGGCUGGAGGUCCAUGCCAACGCCACGGAGCGCUUCUGCAAGUCCUCGGACUACAUGAAUCUCUGCUUCAAGACCAAGUGGUUCUACAACAAAUUCGUGUCCGACAUCGCCGACAUGAAGGACCAUGUGCCCGGAUACCCCGCAUGGUUCGAGCCCUUCGUAAUGCAGUGGUUGAACGAGAACGAUGAGAUCUCCAUGGACUAUUUGCGAAAUGCUUAUGAACGCGACAAACAGGAUGGAUUUCAGAAGUCAUCGGAACAUGCGCUCUUCUCCAACUCAGUGGUUGACGUCUUUACCCAAUUGAAUCAGUGCUAUGACGUUAUCAAGAAGUUGGAAUGUCCUGCUCCCAAAGUUCAGGAUCGCUUUCUGAACCGAUUUUCUCGAGUAAGUGGUUUCCACCUAAAGCCCAAAUUUUGA